UUACUGGAGGGCAGACCUCCCUCCCCUCCCCUCAAUCCUUCCCUCCCUCUGCAUUUCUGACAUUCCAGCAGAUGCGAGUGCAGUCACUGGCCGCAGGUUAAACCAUGGUGAUCAAAGUCUUCAUCGCCUCCUCCUCCGGCUCCAAAUCGAUCAAGAAGCAACAACAGGAGGUGGUCGACUAUCUCCAGGCCAACAAGAUCGACUUUGAACGAUGUGACAUCGCCGUUAGCGACGGCAACAGGAUGUUCAUGAGGGAGAAUGUUCCGGAGAAGUGCCGGCCUGUGAGUGGAGUCCCACUCCCACCCCAGAUCUUCAACAACGAUCACUACUGUGGGAACUUUGAGGCAUUUUUCGACGCCCGAGAGAACAACGCUGUCUAUGCAUUCCUGGGGCUGACGGCUCCACCCGGUUCAAAGGAGGCAGAAGCGCUUGCAAAACGGGAUGUAUGAUGUUCAGUCUCCCGCGCUCCAAAGUUAUUAAAGAAAAACAGACCAUCCGAUAUACUUUGCCACUGAGAAGAAUUCCAGAGAGGCUGUCUGUCUGUCUGUGGAUGGCCUUCUCAGUUAGUUACAAUAUCCCAGUUCUCUUCCUUAAUAGCCAGCAACUGGGCGAACACAAACCACCAAGCCAUGUUGAUGAAUAUUUUUCAUUGCCUUAUUUUCCUACCUGGUCGUCCGAUCUUAUUUACGAGGGCAGACCAGCUGUUACCAGAAAGGUAAUGGAUUGGAUAAAAUUCUUAACCCAGUUUUUUGCUUUCUGCUCAGUUUGAUAUUCUUCACACUUCAAUCUCGUCACAAUGAAGAGUUUGUGCCUCAGUCUUCAUGCUGACUCAUCGCACUGCGUUGCUGUUCCGUCAACGUCUGAGUCAAUUUUAUUCGUCACAUGCAUCCGAAGGUGCAGUGAAAUGAAUUUGCCAGCAGCGAUACACUUAAAAAGAACACACACACACAGUACACAAUAGAAUUGAACACAAACAUCUACCACAGCAUUCUUCACUGUGGUAGAAGGCAACAAAGUUCAGCCAGGCUUCCUCCUUAGGUCAUUCGUGGUCGGGGCCAUAAACCCUCUGUAUUCGCCGCUACGGACGGCCCGAUGUACAGGCCCUCUCGUCGGGUUGGUCGAAACUCUGACGCCUGGACGGUCAAACGCACUCCGCGGCUUGGAGUGCCCGAAUCGGCACUUUCCUACCGGAGACUGCGGCUUCAGGAUGUUAUAGGCUGCAGGCCGGCGAUCGGAGCUCUUCUCCGGCGAUCAUAUAGUCUUAAUCAUCGUCUGUCAAAAAUAUUGAUCAAUUUUAAAGGCGCUCGUUACAUUCCUUUAUCUAGUCCAGAAUACAGUCUGAACCAAAGAAAAACUAACACUCAUUUUAUCAUGACCAAGAUGCCCCAUCUACACUGGUCCCACCUGUCCGCGUGUGGCCCAUAUGCCUUUAAACCAGGAGUUGUCUACUUUUUUUUGCCCCGUUUUCCCCUGGCAACUUUAAUAGCACAUUACAAUGUUAUUUCACUUAUUUAUGAAUGAUUAAUGAUGAACAGAUACCGGUAUACUAGAACCAAACACAGUCAGUCAAUGAGAAAAAAUAUGUACAAAUCCAGCAUCACUAAAUUUACGAAAUUUACGAAAUUUACCCCAGGUUGGGAACCCUUGCUGUAAACCUUUCCUAUCAAUGUACAUGUCUAAAUGCCUCUUAAUGGCACCUUAUCGUUCUUUUACCUGCUUCAACUACCUCCUCUGGCAGCUCGUUCCACGCAACCACCACCUUUUGUGUGGAAAAAGUUGCCCCUCAGGUUCCUAUUAAAUCUUUCCCCACUCACCUGAACCCCUAUGACCCCUGGUUCUUGAUUCCCCUACUCUGGGUGAAAGACUGUGUGCAAUCAUUCCAUCUAUAUCCAUCUAUGUUGUUCUGUUCAUUACUUGUACAGCUCCAUUCCUCUCAGCACCAUUCUCCUGCCUUCUCCCCGCGACCUCUGACACCCUGAAGAAUCUGCCAAUCUCUUUAAAGGACACUGACCCACUGACUUGGCCU